CAAAAAUGUGCGCCGAUGCCUGCUGGUCGGCGCCGACGACCGCGGACGUCGGCGCAUCAGCCGUCGCUGGGCAUCAGUUGGCAUUCGAGUUCGAUCGCGAACGACUGUAGCUCUUUGGCGCAUUCGACGCAUUCGGCGCCGUCGUUCGCUUCUGCUAGGCAGUCGCGAUGGCAAGCUGCUUGCGAUGGUAGCUUGCCACGGUUACGGUGCGACGACGUUGGAUCGGCAGCCGCCGCCAACAACGACGCGCGAGUACACGGUAUUAUUCUAGCCGAGUAGCCAAGGGACGGAAGAAUUCGAACCGCGUGCGACCGUGCGUCGUGCGCCACUUCCUGUACCAGCAGCCAAGGUGGCUUCAACGGCGCGAGCGUGGGUGGAAUUGGUGCCCGUGUCUUUAUGAAAAACCCGUCACAAUGCAUAAAGAUCGCGCGGAUUCCACGAGGUUUGGGGCCAGUCGCCCGGGAAUCUCGUAACCUGCGAGAAUGCAUACGACGCGCACCGUCUCGGCAUCUCAUACGUGGCAGCCUCGACGUGCUUGACGCCCUCGGGAAUCUCGUCCGUUUCCGCGUCCGUCGCUGAACUCUGAGCGCCCGACGCCGCCAUGGCCCGCGUCGCAUUGCGUUCCUAUCGACUUUGAGAGGUUUGCAACUGCCCGCUAAUUCGACGAUCGUCCAGCAUGACGCAGCAGCUUGUGGCAUCGAUCCGCCAAGCGAUCCCCGCGCUGUCCAAGGACCUCCAUAAAGGACAGUACGGCAAGGUGGCCAUCGUCGGCGGCUCGCUCGAGUACACGGGUGCCCCCUACUACGCGGCCAUCUCGGCGCUCAAAACCGGCGUCGACCUCUGUCAUGUGAUAUGCUCGGCCGAGGCUGCGAUCCCGAUCAAGUGCUACAGCCCCGAGCUCAUUGUGCACCCGCUCUUGACGCAUGCGCCGGAUGCCAUCGAACGCAUCGCAGCCGUGCUGCCACGUAUCGACGCGAUCGUCAUCGGCCCCGGUCUCGGCCGCGAGCCGUUCGUUCUCGACUUGGUCAAAAACGUGGUUGGCGUCGCCAAAGCUCGCGAUAUGCCCAUCGUCUUGGAUGGCGACGCGCUCUACAUGCUCGCAGCGGACACGACCUUGAUUGCUGGCUACCGCCACGCCGUGCUCACCCCCAAUAUCGUCGAGUAUGGCCGGCUCUGCGUCGCCACGGGGCUUCUGAAGGAACUCAACUUGGUCUUGGCCGCGCUCAUUCCGCCGUCGCAGCUCUCGCAAAAACUUGGACAGGUGGCCAUUCUUCGCAAAGGCGAGGUUGAUUUGGCGUCGGACGGCGUGUCAACGUUCACCAAUACACUGGAAGGCAGCCCCCGGCGAUGCGGAGGCCAAGGCGAUGUACACCACCGACACGCGGAGAGGGCCUUAGAUGGCGUCGUGUAGGUUGUUGCUGGCACCGUCGGCGCCUUCCUCGCCUGGCACCAAGUCUCGAAGCAGCACGACGGUGAGUCAUCAAGCGUGAACCCCAUGCUACAGGCGGCCAUGGGUGGUGCGCUCCUGACGCGUCAGAGCUCGGUGCUCGCGUUUGCCAAGAAAGGACGAAGCAUGACGACGCCAGACGUGAUUCACCACAUUGGCGCUGCGUUUGAGACGCUCUACGGCAAUUAACCUUUGUCCCAAGUGUCUCAUGGUAUUGCGAAACGACUUAGUCAUACUAACUAUGGACACAGUGUGCAUUUUGGCGUCUUCUAGUCGGUCGUGCGGC